AAAGCUAUUAGAGCGAGAAAAGUAAAGAACAGGAGGAGGGUCUCAAUAAACCGCCAAAGAGCUAACUUUGUGGCCCAAUACUGGCAGCUGGAUCAAAUUGGCAAAGGAGGUUUCGGAUGCGUGUUUGCUGGCUACCGCAAAGCAGACUGGCGGCCAGUUGCCAUCAAACACGUAGAGGAUAAAAGUCUCCUCAAACCAGUGUGCUUAAAUGGGAAGGAGCUCCCCACAGAGGUGGCCAUAAUGACGAAACUGGCAGCCGAAAAAAAUGACUCUGAGGGGAUGUCUGCACCAAUAGAAUUACUGGACUGGUAUGACCUGGGCAACGAGUUGAUACUGGUGAUGGAGAGACCAUUCCAUUGCAAGGACCUUCACAAUUACACAAAUGACCAUGGGACUGUACCGGAGUGGAAGGCCAAAAUCCUGAUGAGACAGCUGGUGGAUGCUGCUAUUGGACUGGAGAAGAGGCAAAUAUUUCACCGCGACAUAAAACUCGAGAAUAUCUUAAUUGAUACAGGAUCUAUGUUCCCAGAGGUUCGCCUCAUUGACUUUGGUAUGAGUAAAAUUGUGGAAAAAGACACAAUAUUCACCUUAUUCAGUGGCACCGAAGCAUACAAACCUCCAGAGUGGUACUUCCAAUCUUGCUACACGCCUGGUCCAACCACAGUGUGGCAGCUUGGGACUGUCCUCUUUGAAAUACUCCAGAAAGUAAACUUUUCUACCCAAGACUUUCUCCAAAGGAAACUGAAAAUGCCCUCUAAACCGUCCGAAAACUGCAAAGAUUUCCUUCAACUGUGUUUGAGGAAAGACCCCGCGCUGCGCUCCACCCUGACAGAGCUCCAGCAUCACCCAUGGCUGAGAUGA